AUGAUGCUCAGUCCUGACCAGCACGAGCCCGUGCUGCCCUGGGGACAGACGGACACAGGGACCUACCUGGACGAUGUCCAGUGCGGGUCCGUGACGGCCGAGCCCGCGGGUGGAGAGGGCAAGGCGCGCUCCGUGCACGUGCCCGCGCCCAGCAGGGAGGAGAAGAGGCGGAGGAGGCGCGCGACGGCUAAGUAUCGAUCCGCGCACGCCACCCGGGAGCGGAUCCGCGUGGUGGCCUUCAACGUGGCCUUUGCGGAGCUGAGGAAGCUGCUCCCAACGAUCCCCCCGGACAAAAAGUUGUCCAAGAUUGAGAUCCUACGACUCGCGAUUUGUUACAUCUCCUACCUCGACCACGUGCUGGAUGUUUAAGCCGCAACUUGGGCUCCAGCUGGAGGAGGGCCCGAGGCAGGAUGACUGUGUGUAACCAGACGCGACAGGUGAAGGAUUUCCGGAAGCAACCGUGAAGCCUGCUGAUACAAGAUCUGAGGGAGACCCUGCAUGUGUGGGGUUCUAGGGUUACAUCGAACCAAUGAAUUUGCCCCAAACAGUACAGACAAACUGUGGCCUCCUGUGCACCCUAAGGAUUGUUAUGGGAAUAUCCCAUUGACUUUUCACCAUGGGAAACAGCUGCAGGACUGCUGUAGGCUUGCUGUCCGUCAUCAAAACGAUGGAAAGAAUGGAGAUAUUUCUGAUAUUUGUGUAGCCAAACCACUAAAACAUAGCAAUGCUUCUCUGUUGUGACUUAGAUUCCCUUUUUGCACCAAUUUUGUAAGUAUAUUUAUUUCAAUUACCCAAAAGAAAAGUCUUUCGUGUGCUGUCAUUACGAUGGAUUCAGCUGCAGCUGAAAU